CCAAACAGCCGGGGUUCACCGAUUGCCCCGUGCGCGCCUCGCUGGGAGAGGCGGGAGUUCACUUAGCAAGACGCCAGCUUCCCGGGAGAGCUCCAGUGGCACCAGAACCCCGAGCCCGGAAGCCGCGCUCCGCCGCCCGUCAUGAGUGUCCAGGUGCGAGCGGGCCCAAGCAGCUGGAGGCGGGCAGCCACCUUAGUGCUGGCGGCGGGCUGGACGCGCCCGGUCCCCGCCGCCCCAUCGAGGCCCCAGCCACCCGCCGAGGGAUUCCGGGUGCUGCUGCUGCAGCGCUCCGCGAGCCAAGGCUUCUUACCCAGGGCGCACGUCUUCCCCGGCGGGGUGCUGGAGGCGGCAGACCGCUCGACCGAUUGGCUGCGCCUCUUCGCGCCGCACCACGGGCCCCCCCGCUUUGGCCUGGGUCGCGCGCCGCCCCAGCGCUCCGCCUUCCCGGUGCUGCCCAACGUCCGGCCGGGAGCCGUGGACGAGGACGCGGCGGCGCUGCCGGAUGACAUCGCCUUCCGCAUCUGCGCCAUCCGCGAGGCUUUCGAGGAGGCGGGCGUGCUGCUGCUGCGGCCCAGGGGCCCCCGGCCCCCUGAUCAGGCGCCGGGCUGCGCCCUCGCGUCGCCGCCUGCCUUGGCCGACUGGCGCGCCCGAGUCCGCCGGGACCCGCGGCACUUCUUGAGCCUGUGCGCGCAGCUCGACUGCACUCCCGACAUCUGGGCGCUGCACGACUGGAGCGGCUGGCUCACGCCCUUCUCACGCCCCGGCGGCCGCCGUUUCGAGACCACCUUCUUCCUGUGCUGCCUGAACGAGCCGCCGCCGGUCUUCCCCGACUUAGUGGAGGUGGUGGACUGCCAGUGGUCGUCUCCAUCAGAGGCAAUUGAAAGGCUCACAUCAAAGGAAAUUUUGCUUGCACCCCCACAGUUCUACGAAAUACGUAGACUAGGAAACUUUGCCUCUCUCUCUGACUUGCACAAAUUUUCUUUGGAUCGUGAAUCAGAAGGAAUGGAAAGAUGGAUGCCGAUCAUAUUGUUAACUGCUGAUGGGAUGAUCCAUCUUUUACCAGGAGAUGAGAUGUACUUAGAAGAUUCAAACUUUUUAGAAAACUGUAUGUCCACUGAAAAAAAGACUGAAGAAAUCAUGAACAAAGGCAAGAAAUUUCACCGAAUAGUGUUGUAUAAUUCCCACAGUUAUGGAGAUCAUGCAGGUUAUGGCAUCCAUGUGACAGUUCUGCCGAAGUAUAAACACGUGUACCCUAAGAGCUGUGUAGUGGGUAAGAGCCGUCUGUAGGGAACAGCUUCUUUAUACCUGGCCCACUUGUAGUUGUUCUAGUGAAAACUGAGGCUUGACUAGAGGUGCCUGGAACUUAAGGAACUUUAUUCCUGUAAGUUCUAGGACAGUCUCUCCUAUCUCAAGUGUAUUGUGUAGCUCUGUUAUUUUAUUCUUUAAACCUUAUAGUAUCACACUAGUGUAAGGUAUUAAUGUUUUGUCACCAAAAAGAGAAAAAAGAUUUCACAGAGAUUUCCACUUCUGUGUUGUUCUGUUAUCAAAAGUUUAAAUAAGAUGUUCUACUGCAUUGUCUUUUAA